UUUUUCAAAAAAAUCUGAUAAGCAUAACUGAUGAAAAUAAAAGUUUAAUUCUCGUAUCUAAUCUAUUAAAAUAGAGUCCUAUUUUUUAUCUACCGUUGGAAAGUUGUCACUUAAAUUUGAAAUGGUCUAACAAGAUAAUGUUAUAUAUCUAAAAUAUUAUAAAUACAUUUAUUAUAAUUCAGUUACUAAAGAUUUGAUCAUAUGGGUUAUAUCAAUAUCAUCGGAUAAUACAGUAAUCAAUUUAACAAUAGUUAGAUUCUCUCUCAGAUAAAUACUAUUUUUUAUUUAAUAUAUUUGUUCAUAGGGUAUAAUGGUUUUAGAAUAUACUCUAAGUAAAAUUAUAUUCACAUAAUCUUGAUUUACCUAACAAUCUAACAAUUCUUUUUUUUUGUCAAAAACUAACUAUUCUUUUUUGUCACAAUCUAACUAUUCAGCUCAACAAUUUAGGUGAAAAUUCUACUAAAUCACCUUAGUUAUUAUAACAAGUAGUAAUAGUAAUUACAGAAUUAUUAAGAUCUCAACGUGCUAUGAAAUCUCUACUGUAUAUAUAUAUAGUAUUCACAAACUCAUAAUUUUCACUCAUACCAAACACAACACAAGAAGUUUCUACCAAAACAAAAUUGUACUCUAUGUCCAAAUAACUAUUAAAUAGAUAAUAAACUCUAAAUUUAUAAAAUUAUUGAAAUUAUAAUUUAUUAUUAUUUUAAAACAAAAGAACAAAUCCCGCGUUUAGGGCGGGCGGGUUACAAUCUAGUAAUGUUUUAAAAUACAAAACGAUUGCAGUUAGUUUUAAAAACAUUUACUACAAAAUGGAGGAAGAUGGGCGAGGCUGGCAUGGGGAUGCUUUUGCUAUUUGGUGUGACUCAAAAUGAGUAUAUUUGAGUUUUUAUAAUCGGUGUUCUACACUUUCUAUUUAAAAACAACAAUGCCACAGCUAUUGUACAAAUGUUUUUUUUUAUCUGAAUAUAAUUUAACAUUCAUUCAGAAAAAAAAAUAGAGGAGUUUAAAAUAGUUGAUAGUGAUCUUAACUAACUAACUAACUAACAGUAGGAAUCAGUUUAUUUAUUCAGCUGAUGUUCCGAAGUAUCACAACGGAGUUUAUAGAGUCACGGGUACAUGUGAUUUUACUGGUUGCAAGAUACUACCAAGUACUAACAAUGAUGAUUUAAUCAAUGAAACAAAGGCAAACUAAGAUUCCUUAACAUGGAAACCGACCAAUCCCCCCCUAACUCGGGUGCUAUAAAUAGAAAGGAGUGUUGGUGUUCUUCCUCUGAACAACAAAAACAACCAUUCUCUCUCCAAACCCCAUCUCUCUCAUAUUUAUUAUACUUCUCACAUCCCUAAAUGGAUAAGCAUCUCAGGACGAAGCAGACCAAGACUAGUCCCAUUGUUGCUUCUUCUGCAUCUCAAGUGAGUAGUAUUGAGUGGGAAGCUCUGAAUAUGAAUCAAGAAGAAGAAGAUUUGGUCUGUCGAAUGCAUAAGCUUGUCGGUGACAGGUGGGAAUUGAUAGCUGGGAGGAUCCCAGGAAGAACUGCACAAGAAAUUGAGAGGUUUUGGGUCAUGAAGAAUAACUGAAUUAUCUAUGAAGUUUCACUGAUUAAUUUUAAUAAUUAUACCAACUUUGUAAUAAGAAAAGGUUCUUAAUCUAAAUUAUGAAUCUCAAACGGAAUUUUAUCA